AUGCGGAUGCUUUGGAGCGUGCCACGUAUUCUGCGUGUAGGUCAUCCAGCUCUUCCAUCUGUUUGGAUGCAGGCAAGGUUCAUGCCCGUGCGGUAUGCGCAUUUUGAUUCAAAUGCAUUCGUCCAGCGACUUGAGCAAGCGGGUAUUACCCGUCAACAGGCAGAUGUGCUUGUGACUGCACUGACAGACGUAAUCAAUGAGAGUAUACAGAAUUUUGCGCAUAGUCUUGUGCGUCGUGAUGAGGCAGAGAGUCACAGCUACACUCAAAAGGUCGACUUUGCGAAGCUCAAGUCGGAGAUCCAGCUCUUGGAGCGUAGUGACUUUGUGCUGAUGAAGUCCGAGAAUGAGCGUCUCAUGGCGGACGUUGAAAAGCUGAAGCAGCGUCUUCGUGAAGAAAUUGCCCGGACUAUGGCAGGUGUGCGUUUGGAUUUGAACCUCGAAAAGGGGCGUAUUCGCGAUGAGUCUUCUGUACAUGCAUCCAAAAUCAAGGAAGUCGAUACACGUAUCGAGUCGGAAAUCGCAGGUGUACGGACUAGUAUCCAGAGUGCCAAGUUCAAUGUGUUACAGUACUUGGUCGGUGUGGCUACUGGUGCUGGUGCCUUGCUGCUUGCGUAUCUUCGGAUGUUCCGUUAG